GCGGGGGGGAGGGCUGGAGCGGUGGAGACAGUGGUCCGGCUGGGAGACCCGGGUGAUGAGUUUCGGAGGGUGUGAGAGGCAGGUGGCCAGGGAAGGCUGACCGCGCUGAAGCCCCAUCUCCUCUCCAGCUGCCUUGGCCAACAAUUAUUUACUGCGUGCUUCCCUUCUCCCCAAGGCUCGGGGCUCCCUCGCCUGUCCCCCCACCCUGUUCUCCCUUUGCCCGGCGUUCAGAGCGUUCUCCUGUUCUGUUCUCUUCCCCGCCCCGUCUUCCUCCCGCUGCGCCCGAGCGGAUGGCCGGGCUCCUGACUCUGAUGCCGCCGCUGCUGGCGCUGGCGCAGGCGGGCGUGGCGGGCGCCGCGGGCUCCGUGCGCCUGGCGGGCGGCCUCACGCUGGGCGGCCUGUUCCCCGUGCACGCGCGGGGAGCGGCGGGCAGGGCGUGCGGGCCGCUGAAGAAGGAGCAAGGAGUGCACCGGCUCGAGGCCAUGCUGUAUGCGCUGGACCGCGUGAACGCCGACCCGGACCUGCUGCCCGGGGUGCGCCUGGGCGCCCGGCUGCUCGACACCUGCUCGCGGGACACGUACGCGCUGGAGCAGGCGCUGAGCUUCGUGCAGGCGCUGAUCCGCGGCCGCGGCGACGGCGACGAGGCGGCAGUGCGCUGCCCCGGAGGCGUCCCCCCGCUGCGCGCCGCGCCCCCCGAGCGCGUGGUGGCUGUCGUGGGCGCCUCGGCCAGCUCUGUCUCCAUCAUGGUCGCCAACGUGCUGCGUCUGUUUGCGAUACCCCAGAUUAGCUACGCCUCCACAGCCCCUGAGCUCAGCGACUCCACACGCUAUGACUUCUUCUCCCGCGUGGUGCCACCUGACUCUUACCAGGCCCAGGCCAUGGUAGACAUCGUGCGGGCACUGGGAUGGAACUACGUGUCCACGCUGGCCUCUGAGGGCAACUAUGGCGAGAGUGGGGUUGAGGCCUUUGUGCAAAUUUCCCGAGAGGCUGGGGGGGUCUGUAUUGCCCAGUCCAUCAAGAUUCCCAGAGAACCAAAGCCUGGAGAGUUCAACAAGGUGAUCAGGAGACUCAUGGAGACACCCAACGCCAGGGGCAUCAUCAUCUUUGCCAACGAGGAUGACAUCAGGAGGGUCUUGGAGGCUGCACGCCAGGCCAACCUGACAGGCCACUUCCUGUGGGUUGGCUCAGACAGCUGGGGAGCCAAGAUCUCACCCAUUCUGAACCUGGAAGAAGUGGCUCUGGGGGCCAUCACCAUCCUGCCCAAAAGGGCCUCCAUCGAUGGAUUUGACCAGUAUUUCAUGACUCGCUCCCUGGAGAACAACCGUCGGAACAUCUGGUUUGCCGAGUUCUGGGAAGAGAAUUUUAACUGCAAGCUGAUCAGCUCAGGUACCCAGUCAGACGAUUCCACCCGCAAAUGCACAGGUGAGAGCUGCCCAGAGUGGCAAGGGUGGCACGGGAGAAGGUGGGAAGACAGGCUGGUCACCUGGGGGCCAGGCACGCUUCCUCUGGGCAUCCCUAGGACAGGCGAGGAACGCAUCGGCCGGGACUCUGCCUACGAGCAGGAGGGGAAGGUGCAAUUUGUGAUCGACGCUGUGUACGCCAUCGCCCACGCCCUCCACAGCAUGCACCAGGCCCUCUGCCCUGGGCACACAGGCCUGUGCCCGGCCAUGGAGCCCACCGAUGGGCGGACACUGCUACAGUAUAUUCGAGCCGUACGUUUCAAUGGCAGUGCAGGAACCCCUGUGAUGUUCAAUGAGAAUGGGGACGCACCAGGGCGAUACGACAUCUUCCAGUAUCAGGCGACCAACGGCAGUGCGGGCAGCGGUGGCUACCAGGCCGUGGGCCAGUGGGCGGAGACCCUCAGGCUGGACGUGGAAGCCCUGCAGUGGUCGGGAGACCCCCACGAGGUCCCCGCGUCUCAGUGCAGCCUGCCCUGUGGGCCAGGGGAGCGGAAAAAGAUGGUGAAGGGUGUCCCCUGCUGUUGGCACUGCGAGGCCUGCGACGGCUACCGCUUCCAGGUGGACGAGUUCACGUGCGAGGCCUGCCCCGGGCACAUGAGGCCCACGCGCAACCACACGGGCUGCCGCCCCACACCCGUGGUCCGCCUGUCCUGGUCCUCGCCCUGGGCAGCCCCGCCCCUCCUCCUGGCCAUGCUGGGCAUCAUGGCCACCACCACGGUGGUGGCCACCUUUGUGCGGCACAACAACACGCCCAUCGUCCGGGCUUCCGGCCGCGAGCUCAGCUACGUCCUCCUCACGGGCAUCUUCCUCAUUUACGCCAUCACCUUCCUCAUGGUGGCCGAGCCCGGGGCGGCUGUCUGCGCGGCUCGCAGGCUCUUCCUUGGCCUGGGCACCACCCUCAGCUACUCUGCCUUGCUCACCAAGACCAACCGCAUCUACCGCAUCUUCGAGCAAGGGAAGCGCUCGGUGACACCCCCGCCCUUCAUCAGCCCCACCUCCCAACUUGUCAUCACCUUCAGCCUCACCUCAGUGCAGGUGGUGGGAGUGAUGGCGUGGCUGGGGGCCCAGCCCCCACACAGCGUGAUCGACUAUGAAGAACAGCGGACAGUGGACCCAGAGCAGGCCAGAGGGGUGCUCAAGUGCGACAUGUCGGAUCUGUCCCUUAUCGGCUGCCUGGGCUACAGCCUCCUGCUCAUGGUCACAUGCACGGUGUAUGCCAUCAAGGCCCGUGGCGUGCCCGAGACCUUCAACGAGGCCAAGCCCAUUGGCUUCACCAUGUACACCACCUGCAUCAUCUGGCUGGCUUUUGUGCCCAUCUUCUUUGGCACUGCCCAGUCAGCUGAAAAGAUCUACAUCCAAACCACCACACUGACUGUGUCCUUAAGCCUGAGUGCGUCGGUGUCCCUCGGCAUGCUCUAUGUACCCAAAACCUACGUCAUCCUGUUCCACCCGGAGCAGAAUGUGCAGAAGCGGAAACGGAGCCUCAAGGCAACGUCCACAGUGGCUACGCCACCCAAAGGCGAGGACACAGAGGCCCCCAAGUAGCGAGCGGGGGAUGAAUGGGACAGUGGCUCCCUUUCCUCUCUUCUUUUCUUUCCCUCACUUCGUGGUGGAAGCUGUGAAGCAUCCAGGCCUGCUGUGAGCAGUCAGGGAGAGGCAUCCUCCAAGGCCACAGCCAGCAGGAUGGGGCUGGCCUGGACCCACAUGCCACAUCUCAGACCUCCUUUUCUGUGCAUGGUGGCUCGUACUCCCUCGUGGCAGUCCAGACUUUCUACUCAUGGUGGGAAACAGCUGCCAAGAGGGUUCUCCUCUGGAGAGAGACUAAGCUUACACUCACUAGUGAGAAGUUCAGGGAUCUCGACGAAGCCCUGGGCUUGGCCCACUGGGAGUGGAUUUCCCCCCUUAAGACAACCCCUAGAAUCUGGGGAUUGGGCAGCCUGUGAGAAUGUGUAGAUCCCAGAGUGAAAUUCAAGGUUAGAUCAGCAGUUUCUAUAAGAGCCCGGUGCAUCUGUAUUUUGGACUGAGGUGUGGGCUUGGGGAAAUGUUUUGUUGGUACAGAGGCAUCGGGGCCCUGAGUGAGAACCCUGUGAGAGGAGGAUGGACUGGCACAGGACGGGGCUGUGAGCAGAAGAACUGGGACGCCCCCAUGAGGUUGUUUGUGUCAAGGUCUUCUCCUCCAGAUCUUCUCUCCUGGGACCUGGGAAAUGUCCCACUUAGACUCCAGCUUUUUUCCUCUCCUAGGUACACUCCCUUAAAUGAACCCCAAGCAUUAAGAAAGUCAGAUACACCUGUGAGGUGGUAGGGGUGUGAGACCAGUGGUGUUUGCCCUCCUGUGACACCUCUGAGGGAUGGUGUUCUCGAGGUGCAGGUUGGGACCAGUGACAGAAAGAGUUGUGCCCAUGGUGAAGAUUAACUGCAAGUGGACAACUCAGGAUGGAUAUCAAAACUCUUCUCUCCCAGUAUUUACUCGCAGGUCCCUUUUGAAAGGCAGGCAAGAGGCAUGAGGAAGACGAUGCUUGGACUUUAGAUGCAUUUUUCAUUCAACUUUUUUGAACAAAAAGUUUGGUGUAAGUUAUGGAGUUUUAUUUCCCUAGGGUAGAAUUUAAAUUUGUUAUAUCGACUCUUUUUAAUCAGUAUGAGUUCUCUAGUUUUGUUUUGUUUGUUUGGUUUUUUUGGCCACAUCUGUGGCAUA